GUGGAAAAACGUUUCUCAAGGGAUUGUGUCAAACUGCCGCACGGCGCAGUGGAAAUCAUUUGUAAACAAGAAUCCUUUGAAUUUUCGAUGCUAAUAUAGCUACUGCAGCCGCACAAUGAGGAACCUGUACCGUGUGUCACACUCUCGCUUCGACCUAUCGGAAAAUGCGCUCCGUUCAGUUCGGUCCGGUUUUGCGAUCGAUCAAAACACGGACCACAAGUUUUACUUCGUGCAGGACAGUGGUGUGUACUGCUGUCCGCUGUUCGUUGACCGGGAGCAUCCGUUCUGCGAACCGCUGCUGUCGCAAUCGGACGGAUACGAGAACAUCAUAGCGCUGGAGCAUCUGGCCCUGUCCGACGAGCUUUGCUGUGCGUCAUCGAGUGGAAACGUGUGGUCCUGCAAGCUGGAGACGGGAGUGGUGGAAGAAGUCACGCACUGCAAGCACGGCAUCAGGGCGAUGCAGUGGAGCCCGGACCAGGAGCUGGUCGUGUUUGUGGACGGCGAGCUGAACGUUGUCACCAUGAUCGGGAGCGAGUUCGAGCCGAUCAACGAGGUACAGCUGAAGGACGACACGUUCGGCGACCGGCAGUUCAUGAGUGUGGGCUGGGGCAAGAAGGAAACUCAAUUUCACGGCUCGGAGGGAAAGGCUGCCGCAAAGAAGGGUACCACGCCCAGCGAGCCGGACACAGCGGAGACGGAGCGACAGCUGGACGCGACCGUAAACAUCAGCUGGCGUGCGGAUGGAGAAUACUUUGCGGUCGGCUACCUGGCACCGUUUGGUCAGCGAGCUUUCAAGGUGUUCAACAAGGAGGGCGCUUUGCAGUACACGUCGGAAAAGUGCCACGGGCUGGAGGGUUCGCUUGCCUGGCGUCCGUCGGGCAAUUGGAUUGCGAUCCCGCAGGAACUUAAAGAUCGGUAUGUUGUAGCGUUGUUCGAGAAGAAUGGGCUGCGACACCGGGAGAUUCCGCUGACGUUGAACCCUCGCGCCGGUCAAAGCGUACAGUCGCUUCACUGGAGUGCGGACUCGGACGUGCUCGCCGUGCAUUGGGUGGAUGGGGAGCAAGGGACUGCCGGCGUGUUGCUGUACGUGAUCGGAAACUAUCAUUGGUACUUGAAGCAAAGCUUGACCUACCCGCCUGGUACCGCGCUAACUGGACUGCAGUGGGAUCAGCGUCACACGGCCGGCAAAACCCUCCAUUUGUUUUCAUCUGACCCAGGCGUUUAUGAGUGCAUCCGGUUCGAUUUUCGAGUGGAUCGUUCCGUGGGCCUUUCGGAAGAAGAUCAAGCGAUGGUAGCGGUGAUCGAUGGAAAGCGACUGCUGUUGACCGGUUUCCGGCAGGCCGUCAUACCGCCGCCUAUGUGUGGCUAUACGCUGGAGCAAGAGCAUCCCAUCAAUGCGACCGGGUUCAUUCGUACAGCCGGACGCAGCGAAGCAUUAGGGCAGGACAUAAGCUCAAACGCCUUCUUUACCGUGGAUUGCCGUGGUGAAAUCAUUUUGUUCGAUGCUGUAUUUACCAAGACAGCGGGUAGAUCCAUAUUAUCUGGAGUUACCGUAUUGCUGAAGAUUUCACCAGAACAGCUGAAAAUGUUCAACGAAGAUUUUCCCCAACAGCACCACUGUGGACUUCACUACCUUUGGUUGAACGCGGAUAAUUUCGUGAUGGAUCACAGUCAACUACGUUGCGGCGUUUAUACCAUUGCAAUGCAUAAUGACGUCCCCGGCUUGAAGAAAGUAUGGCACAUGGAGAUGGAAAACAGGGAGGAAAUCGGUUGCAUUGAAUCGUCCGGAGCGGAUAGUAUUCUUGUUGAGUUGCUAUCUGGCCACGUAAUGGAGGUAAAAGGAUUGACCGGCCAGCAGGAUGGUGCAUUGGAAACAAGCUCACGCAAUCACAGCGUUUUGCCGGUAUUUUGCGAACAACUGUUUGUCGAUCGCAACCGCCCUGAACGGACAGUGUACGCGCUGGCGCAGAACCGCCGUCACCUGUACCGUGACGGAAGUCUUCUCGCGUCAGACAUAACGUCUGCUCUGCUUACCGACAGCUACCUACUUUGCACCACUAUUUCGGAGCUUAAAUUCAUCGCACUCGGUGCAGCGGUUGUGGCACCCGGCCGUGAUCCGAUCAUCGGCGAGCGAAGAGUCGAACGUGGCUCGAAGCUGGUGGCGGUUGUGGCUAGAGCUUCGCGGACCAUUUUUCAGCUACCGCGUGGCAAUCUGGAAGCGAUCAAUCCGCGCGUGCUAUCGCUCUGUCUGAUUGCAAAACAUCUGGACGCUCUCGAGUACUACGAAGCGUUCGAUAUUAUGCGCAAGGAGCGUAUCAAUUUGAAUCUGCUCGUCGAUCACGAUCCGGCUCGCUUUCUGCAGCAUCUGGCGAGUCACUUCCUGCGGCAGAUAACGAACGUGAACUGGUUGAACCUUUUCAUAUCGGAUCUGGCAAACCAGGAUGCGUGUAAAAUGUACGAAAGUAACUAUCUCGACCGCGGCACCGGUGGUGGUUCGCUGCCGGACGGUUACUCCAUUGCGGAAAAGGUGCGUUUUUGCAGUGACCGAUUGCUCGCAGCGAUGGAUUCGGAGCCGACCGUGCUAACGCUUCCAAAAAUCACCUGCCACGUAAAGCAGGGACAACUGGAAAACGCACUGGCACUCAUAUGGACGUUGAAGCAGCAACAGCAAUCGCCCGAGGCUGCAGAGGAAGCGUUACGCUAUCUGCUUUAUCUGGUCGAGGUGAACGUACUGUACGAUGUGGCGCUGGGCAUGUACGAUUUCGGGCUCGUGCUGUUUGUAGCGACCAAGUCGCAGAAAGAUCCGAAGGAGUAUCUUCCCUUCCUGAACGAGCUGAAGCGGAUGGAGGAAAACUAUCGAAAGUAUCGCAUCGAUUGCCACCUGAAGCGUUACGAUCGUGCGCUAGAACACAUUGCCCGGUACGAGACGGACGAGGACCGGUUUCGGGAGGCACUGGAGCUGAUCACGACCCACCAGCUGUAUGGGGUCGCUCUGCGCUGCUACAGGGAUAGUGCGAAUCAGGACCACUACCGUCGAGUUUGCGCAGUGUAUGGUGAUUAUCUGCGAAAGGGUAGCAAACAUGCGGACGCUAGUUUGAUGUACGAACGGGCCGGAGAUCUGCAGCAGGCCAUCUCUUCCGCACGCCAUGCACUGGAUUGGCGACGCGUUGUACGGUUGUCUACCGACUCCUCGGUGGCGGUGGAAGCCGUGCUGCGAUCCCUUGUGCCGGGUUUGCUGGAAGCCGGCGAAUAUGAUGCAGCAGCCACGAUCGCCCACGAUCAUCUGAAGGAUGCGCGGCUAGCGAUUGAGUGUCUGGUGAAGGAUCAUCGUUACGAGCGAGCACUUUUGCUAGCCACCGAACCCGAGCUGCACGAGGCGGUUCGGAGUAGUGUGGGAGAAUAUUUAACUACACUGAUCGAAACACUCUGCUCAGAAAAGGAACAAUUUCUGCGCCAAAAAGACCGGCUAUCAACGGUGCGGGAGGACCGAAUCCGGAAACAAUCGGCUGCCGCAGCAGCUGGCGAUCUUGACGAUGGGGAUGGAGACUGUGGUGAUUGUGAUCUCUUCUCCGAUAGCUCCACCAUCGCUUCAUCGCGUCACACGGGCACAUCUGGUCGUUCAGGAAAGUCGCAUCGUUCCAGCAAAAAUCGUCGCAAGCACGAACGGAAGCUGCUAAACCUAAAGGAAGGCAACCCGUUCGAGGAUAUCGCCCUGAUCGAUGCACUACACUCGCUGGUGGUGCGUGUGUGCGGAGUCGAGCGACAGCGACACGUACGCUCCAUUUGCCAGGUGGCGAUGGAACUAUGCUACGAUGACGAGGCGCACAAGCUGCAGGAAGAAUAUGGUGCACUGUUUCAGCUGAUUCGCUACUCGCUGGAUGCGAUUUGGGUGCCGGAAAUGAUCGUGCCAGGAAUGCCGCCGACCAUCGGCAGUGGCGGCGAUGCGGCCGCGAUCGGUGAUGUCCCAGCGACGAUUCUGACACCGGCGGACCUUGUGAAAGCGCAGGACUCCCAGCGGUACUCCUUGAUAAAGCCUCAUCAACGGUACAAGCCAGAGGUGCAGUCGAUAGCCUGGCAGUGGGAUAUUUUAAAGUAGGCGCAUCAGUGUUUUUUUUUUAAUUUUAUCAUUGUUGAGUUAUGCAUACUGAAGUUCUCCUGCAGCCGGGAGGUUGUGGCUCGUUGAAAAGGAAAUAAACGUGGAAAAUGAAUUGAUUGCGAUCGA